AUGGACUAUUCCUACGAAAAGUUCGAGGCUCUUUUCCUGUCGCUGCCAGGAACUCACCUGUUAACACUCUUCCUCCAAGGGUUCUGCCAGUCUAAUACCUCAGUUGAUGAUGAAACUGCCAGCAGGGGCCCCGUCUUCAACCCGGAACUGGUCAUUGCCCACUGCUUCAAGCAGUUCAAGCAGAAGGACUUCCACCUGCCCCAAAGCCGCCGGCGGAUCAUCAUCUUGCCUCGAAAGGAAGGCCCAACCCCCGUCAAUCCAACGCCCGAACCCCAGACUCUCCCACAACCCACCUCAAGCUUUAAAGACCUGCAAGCCAGAACCAUCCAAGAGCCACCAGAGGAUACAAGAACCUGGCUGAGCCAGAGGUUGAAAUUUCGGCAGGAACUGGAGUCCUUUGGCAAUGUAGACAGGUGGUUGCAGAACAAGUCCAGCCUCACGCCUUCAGAGGCCAAGAUCUUACACAUGACCCACAAAGAGCAUGAGGUCCAGGUGACGGCCCACCUGACCACUACCGGAGCCACCAACAAGAAAAACCUCCAACCCACCCACCAACCAGUGCCCCAGCUUCACCUGCCUAAGCCCCCCGCCCUGUCAGCCUUGUACUCCUACCUGCACAGUCACAAGAUCAAGAUCCUGCAGAUAUUUAACAAGGCGGACCAGAGCGAGAACGACAGUGUCUCCAGGGAGAAGUUCAUUAUGGCUCUGAAGGCGAUUGGAGUCCCUCUGGGAAACCAGGAGAUAGAGGAUAUUGUGAUCUAUCUCAGCUCUCUGGGGAAGAACAACAGCAUCACCAAGUAUAUUGUGGCCAACACCUACAGGCAGUGGGUUUUGGCCCAGAAGAGAAGCAUGCUGCUACCUACAAGGGAUUAUUAUAGACCUGCCAAGCAAAGAGUUUUCCAACAGCAUCCAUCCAAGAAUUUAGCCCCACAGCCUUCCAAGACGGACUUACUGACUGUGCCUGUGGUUCACACCCAGAUGGACGCAAGGCCUUCGACCCUGGAGGAGAUGAAGGAUGUCAACAAGCGGUACUGGGAGAGGAAGUGGCAGAGCAAGGUCACGAUCCCCUUUAUCCAGGACAGGGAGCAGUGCCGUUGGGUGCACAGUAGGAAUAAGCAUGUUGACGACCACUGCCUCCCAUCCACCAUCUGUGGAGAGAUGAAUGAGCUCAUCAAUCUGUCCCGUAGGGACAACUUUCUGGUCUACCUGCAGUGCAGGAAGCUCUGUGAAUACUACGGCCUCCCGCUGACAGAGGACAUCCUCAUAAGAGCCCUGCUGUACCCAGGAGACAAGAACAUUUUCCAGAAGGACCAGGUGCUCCCAAUCCGGCAGCCAGGAGGCUACUACUCAGACUUUAAGGCCUUCAGCCCAAUUCAGGCCCUGCUGCAGUCCAUGGGAUUCAAAGAGCCUGCGGCUAAGAAGACUGACAAGAAACCACCAAAGGAAAUCAAGAAAAUACACUUUAAAGAGUUUGAGGAAUUCACCAGGAAGCUGAAGGCGAAGAGGCCCCGUGGUCCACAGCAAACCCACCCAAAUUUCUUCUGGCCGGGUCACCUCCUGGACAAGUUGCAGCUCUACCUGCCCACUAUGACUGUGGACCGGAGCCUGGCGCUAUUCAGUUGUAUCCAACAGAGGCCCAGUGUCUACUCAGCUGCCUGCCACUCCAACCACUGGUGGCCCAUUAGGAACAGGAACUACAUGACCUGUGCCUAUUACGAUGCCCCCAAGGUCUUCUACCUCAACUAA